AUGUUUAUCACCCAAGCGUUGCGAAUCACGUCCGGGUUGACCGAGAAGUUCAUCGGCCGCACAGUACUGGUCCGCGCGGGUGAUGUGGACGGAGCGAUGCGUGUGUUGAACCGCAUAAUGGGCUCCGAGGGCUUGUUUGACAUCUACCGCCGCACCCGUACCUACGAAAAGCCCUUCAAUACCCGCCGCCGCGUGAACUGGGAGUUGUGUAAAGCCGUCUAUAAUGAAGAUAUGGACCGAAAGAUUAAGUUAGUUAUGCGAACCAAUCGCUUACAGAAAGACCCGGCCGUUCACCUGUAG